AAGCGGAAACAAAAGACGUUUCAGAAAAACACAAACACAUCCCCGGCUGUCGAAAUACUCAGGGAAUAACCAACGGUCAUUGACUUCGCCAGCAAUAAUAUUGCUAUUGAAAUAAAGACGUGAGUUGAGGAGCAAACUGCAUCAGUCAACAUGGCACUGAAAAGAAUACAGAAGCAGGAGCUGCAUGACCUGCAGAGAGACCCUCCAGCACAGUGCUCUGCUGGACCAGUUGGCGAUGACUUGUUUCAUUGGCAGGCGACCAUAAUGGGUCCGGGUGACAGUCCUUACCAAGGAGGAGUUUUCUUUCUAACAAUCCACUUUCCCACGGACUACCCAUUCAAGCCACCAAAGGUAGCAUUCACAACUAAGAUUUAUCACCCAAAUAUAAACAGCAACGGGAGUAUCUGUUUGGACAUUCUACGGUCACAGUGGUCUCCAGCACUAACGGUGUCUAAAGUUUUAUUGUCCAUAUGUUCAUUGCUUUGUGAUCCAAACCCAGACGACCCCUUAGUUCCAGACAUAGCACACAUGUACAAGAACGACAAAGACAAAUACAACAAACUAGCAAAAGACUGGACCCAAAAGUAUGCCAUGUAAAGAAAAGAAAAAAAGAUGAAGAAAAACAUGCUGAGAAUUUUUCUUUUUCCUUCCUUUUUUGAAGUCACAACACACUGUAAAUUAAAGUAUGGAAUCAUUAAGUAAACAUUGGUCACUUCCAUCAGACUGAACCGUCAUUAACAUAAAUAUUAAUCUGAGAACAUGACAUUAACAUUCUUUGUUUUUGAGAGGAAGCAGAGCAGAUGAGAAAGAUUGCUUAUGAUCAUUUCGUAGAGACUGUGACAUUUCAAAGUUUGGCAUUGUUGUUUUUGCAUCGAGGACAUUUUUAUCUCUAACACAAGUUUAUUUCACUUUGCUUUACAGCAAUUUUUAAAGUCAAACUAGUUGAUUGUAGGACAUAACAUAUGUCAUUCAGCAGCAAGCCUUUUUUUUCAGAGGAGCUGAGUGCAGCAGGGUAGCAUACAUGUUGGACAAGCUGCUCCAUAAGGAGUCCCUGCUGAGCAACGACGGCCAGCAAGGAACACACUGAACCAUGGAGCUGUGGGAGAGUGAAUGCCAAAUAUGUAAGCCCCUCAUUCUGACACACGUCAUGUAGUCGGUGAAGGAGUUUUUUUUUUUUUUUUUUUUUUUGUACUUUUGCAUCUUGUAGCAGAUGAAGUGAAAAUGGAAACAAUGUACUGUUGCAUUUACCUUGAAAAUGGGAGCAAUGACAAGUAACGUAUUACUGUCUUCUUCUUCUUCCUAUUAUUAUUAUUGUUAUUAAUUGUAUAGUAUUAAAAUCCUCUGGAAGAUUUCAUUUAAAUUAGAGUUAUCAUGAUGUAAAUUCUCAUUAAAAUGAUGUACUCUUUUCCCCUGAGAAUAGCAGUAACGUUGGCUUUACAAAGGCAAAACGAUCAGAUAUUUAACCCAAUCACACCUGUACCCAAGGGUUAAAUGUGUCCUUCUGUUUGACCUCCAGUCUGUCUGUUUAUCUAUCUUUGCUAUUGAAAUGGUAAAAAUCCAUUUUUUCUGCUCCUGUAUAUACAGAAGCCUGUGUGGCACCUUUUUGUACUGAAUUAAAGAAUGGUACAGUUUUUAUCA